GCCAUCAAGUCAAGCCUCGCUCUUCUUCCAUCUUUUCUCUCGUCUCUUAUCGUACAAUAGUACAUAGCCAUGGGGGACUUCAAGACUGUCGGUCAGCAGUUCGUCAACUUCUACUACUCGACGUUCGAUUCCGGACGGGCCAACCUUGCUGGGCUUUACCGCGAUACAUCUAUGCUCUCGUUUGAAGCAUCGGAGAUUAUGGGCACUCAGGCAAUCAUCGAGAAGCUCUCCAGCCUUCCGUUCCAGAAGGUUCAGCAUCGGGUGGAUACCAUGGAUACGCAGCCAUCCAACUCCCAGGGUGGCCUGAUGGUCCUAGUCACGGGCGCUCUCUUGGUUGAUGACUCGACGAACCCUCUCCAUUUCUGCCAGGUAUUCCAGCUCCUUCCGCAUGACGGAUCCUACUACGUCCAGAACGACGUGUUCCGCCUUAACUACGGUUGAACACCCCUUCCCUGCUGCCUGCGAUUCGAUCUGACAUUGCCUUCCCCUCUCUUCUCGUUCCUCUAUAUUCCCGUGUAGACGUGUUGUAACCCGCAAAGGAGAAAGGAAGUGGAAAACCAAUUUACGUGAAAUGUUGAAAUGU